AUGGCCCCCAUCCAAUCCGCCUUGUCGGAGACACUCCGGUCUUUGACACAAAGCAAAAUUCGCGAACUAGAGAAACGUCGGCAGGCUUACGAAUCCAACAAAACCUCUCUCCUUCAAACCGCCGAUCGCUUAACAGACAUUCAGGACAAAACCCCACGUUUAUUGUCUGGUGUUAAAGCCCUUUUCCCGCAGACUGCCCGGGACCCUGUAAUCACCGAUAUUGAGCGUUGGCUGAGUCAAGCGCGCUAUGACUCGUCCAUUUCCCUCGAAAAGCUUGUGUCGAUCCAAGACCAAUUAAUUUCACGACUCGAUGUAAAUAGUCGACGGCUUGGUCUCGCGGAUCUAUACUCUCGUCUGGUGAUGGAGUGGGUCAACGUCGAUGCGGAGCCGAACCCAUCACCUGGUGAUUCAUCCAGCGAUAACGACGAUUAUUCCGUCGUGGAAGAGAAACAGAAGCUGCAUCUGGAAAACCUCUGCGAUCAAUUCGAAAAAGUUGUCUUCGAGCCCCUAGAGACGAACCCGGUGGAAAUCCGUGCGUUUCUGGAGGGCCUUUUUCCUGAUGAAGAAAGCAGGACGGCAUUGGAGGCUUUUCAAGCUGACAUGAGAAUUGAGUGCCUUGCCCUGUGGGAGAGAAAUUCGACUGGGAAUGAAGUGUUCAACACCGAUUCUUUAACGCUCUGUAUCAAGGGCCUACUGAAGGAGGACAUUCUCAGCGAUGCGAAAAAGGAGAUGCUGAAGUAUUUCCUCGACAACGAGGUUGCCUUGAUUGAAAUCGCCGACGUUCUGAACAUGCGAUACGAUGACCUGAGCAACUGGGAAUGGCAUGCAGGCGAGGAUGGCAUUCCCGUCCUCCCGACGCAGCAGUUGAAUGGCAAGUAUCGGAUCUGGAUGGAUGAGGACGUUCUCCAGACCAUCUUCGUCCAACAAAUUGGCGUUCGUCUGUGCGCUAUUUUAAAGGAACACCUGGAGAAGCUGAUCUUGAACGAGUCAGUGUGGAAUUGGUCUCCUGGCCCAAGCAUGAUCAAACGCGAUCGACUGCGUCGAGAGUAUUACCUGGGGGAGAAGAGAGAAAGCUCGCAGAGUGUCGCGAAGAUCCGAAAGGACGAGUAUAUGGACACUUAUUUCGUAUCGCAGCUUCCGAAGUCAGAAUGGACACUUGCUCAACAUGGUGGCUCCUACGACGAUGAAGAGGACGACGAAGAGGAUGACGAUAAGCUGCCAACCAAGGAAGAAGACAAGAACGUCAAGCAACAUCUGUUGCGUAAGGUGGCCACCGAAGCUCUGCUGCAUCGUGCUCUCCACGGAGAAGCAGCUGCCAUUCAGUCGGACCUGAAAUGGUACGGCACUUCCCUAUCUCACAGCACAAUUUUCACCAUAAUGGAGUUUGCAGGGUUCCCGAAACGAUGGAUUACCUUUUUCUGUAAAUACCUGGAAUCUCCGUUGAACAUGGACCAGGCAUUGUCCGGGCGCGAACCUCGUGGUCCUCGAACACGGAAACGUGGUCUGCCGAUGGCGCAUGCAUCGGAGAAGCUACUGGGCGAGAUGGUGCUCUUCUUCAUGGAUCUUGCGGUCAAUAGGGAGACUGGGAUGCUGUUGUACCGACUGCACGACGAUCUUUGGCUCUGUGGUGAGCCGGAAAAAUGCGCUCGGGCGUGGGAAGUGAUGAACAAGUUCGCCAAGGUCACCGGGCUGGAAUUUAACGUCUUCAAAACCGGCUCCGUCUAUCUGUCCGACUCAAGGGAUACUGAUAUCGAGGCCCGAUUGCCCACGGGUCCCGUUACCAUUGGAUUUCUGACUCUCGAUCCUGAAUCUGGCGAUUGGAAGAUCGACCAAUCCCAAGUCGACGAGCACCUGAACCAACUUCAUAAUCAGCUCCAGAGCUGCGACAGCGUCAUCUCUUGGAUCCGCACGUGGAACAGCUGCAUUGGCAGGUUUUUCAAGAGUAACUUCGGCCAGCCAGCAUACUGCUUUGGACGGCCGCACGUCGACGAAAUCUUGGAGACCUAUGAAAAAGUCAAUCGCGUCUUGUUCGGUUCUCAAAAUCCCGAGAACGGCUCAACAUUAACGGAGCACCUGCGCCAUAUGAUCAAGUCGCGCUUUGGCGUGUCUGAUAUGCCAGAUGCCUUCUUCUUCCUACCUGAAGAGCUCGGGGGGCUGGGCCUCCGGAAUCCGUUUAUUCCUGUCCUGUUAGUUCGCGACAGCAAGGCCACCUCACAGUCUCCUUCUGAGCGGAUGCAGGCCCUUCAUGAAAGUCUACUCUCCUCGUAUGCGUCUCGGAAGAAGGAAUUUGAAAACCUCACGGACGAAGAUCGUCAUGAGCGCCUGGAAGACCUGAGAACUGACUCGGACGAGGACGCAAAAGACUUCAUCGACCCAAUCACGUUCAUGUCAUUCGACGAGUACAUGCAGUAUGCUGACACCAGGAAUUCCGAUAUCGCGGACUACUACACAAUCUCUACCCAGGUUGCGGCUCCUACGGAAAUUGAGCCGACACCGGAAUACAGUCAAGGGCUAAGCAAACUCCAGGAAACCAUACCUGUUGCCGAUCCUCCCCCCGAGGUUAAGUGGGUUUUGCAUCUGUAUGCGUCCGAAUUAAUGGCCCGGUUUGGGGGGUUGAAUCUGGUGGAUAGGCGAUUUUUACCCGUGGGUGUUUUGACUAUGAUUAAGGAGAGGAAGGUCAAGUGGCAAAUGGUGCUGUGA